UCCCCCCUCAGCCUCUCAGUAUUUCCGUGUUGUGAAUCCGCUCAGCUGAAUGAGUGGAGUUCGCCUGCUUUUCACUGAAGUUUCUCCAGCAGCUCGUCGCGCCCUGCUUUAGUUAAAAUGUCCGACAAAGGCCCUUUCGACACCAACGUAGUGACUCUGACCAGAUUUCUGCUGGAGGAGGGGAGGAAGGCUAAAGGCACCGGGGAACUCACCACUCUGCUCAAUGCUCUCUGCACGGCCAUCAAAGCCAUUUCCAGCGCUGUCAGGAAGGCAGGCAUUGCCAACCUCUAUGGCAUCGCUGGCAGUACAAAUGUGACAGGGGACCAGGUGAAGAAGCUGGACGUCCUCUCCAAUGACCUGGUCAUCAACAUGAUCAAAUCCUCCUUCACGUCCUGCGUGCUGGUCACAGAAGAGAAUGACGGUGCUAUUAUAGUGGAGCCGGACAGGAGGGGUAAAUAUGUGGUCUGCUUUGACCCUCUUGAUGGAUCCUCCAACAUUGAUUGCCUGGCUUCCAUUGGGACCAUCUUUGCCAUCUAUAGAAAGUGCACAAACGAUGAGCCGAGUGAGAAAGAUGCCCUCCAGCCUGGCAGAAACAUUGUGGCUGCUGGGUAUGCGCUGUACGGCAGCGCCACCAUGGUGGUGCUCUCCACCGGCCAGGGAGUCAAUUGCUUUAUGCUGGAUCCGGCCAUUGGGGAGUUCAUUCUGGUGGAAAGAGAUCUGAAAAUAAAGAAGAGAGGAAAGAUCUACAGUCUUAAUGAGGGAUAUGCCACAUACUUUGAUCCUGCUGUUACAGAGUACCUUCAGAAGAAGAAAUUUCCAGAGGGUGGCAGUGAACCUUAUGGGGCACGAUAUGUGGGUUCCAUGGUAGCAGACGUGCAUCGGACCCUCGUUUAUGGAGGUAUUUUCCUUUACCCAGCCAAUGUGAAGAGUCCCAAAGGAAAGCUUCGUCUGUUGUAUGAGUGCAACCCCAUGGCCUUCAUUAUGGAGCAGGCUGGGGGGAUGGCCACCACAGGGACCAUGAACGUGCUGGACAUCCAGCCUGAGAGCCUCCAUCAGCGAGUCCCAGUGGUGCUGGGUUCCCCAGAGGACGUUCAGGAGUACAUCUCCAUCUACCAGAAACAUCACAAAUGACCAGACACAUGCUGGACCAAACACUAAAGACCUACUAAGGGCAAUUCAUAAAAGAGAGACCAAAGAUCAAAUGCCGAACACUUCAAACACUCCAAACUGAAGAACCAAAAUAUUAUGUUGAUGCUCCACAGUGGUAUUUGUGGGAAACCAAGUAUCUACCUUAGAACUUAAAGGGGCUGUUGCUCUGUCAUUAGCUUAGCAGCAGUUUAGUCUCACAGGUUUGGCUAAAUCAAUAACUUCAGUGGUUUAACACGUCUACCUGAUCUGCUGCUUAACUUCUGCUGAUCCGGACAUAUUACGUCAUGAGCAACCCAACUAAAUAAGUAAAAAUGCGGUUCUUGCCUUAAACCUCGGUAAAACCAUGUCUUUAGCACAUAUAAGAUAAACCUCAGUUAAACCUGACACAGCACCAUCAGAUGUGUGAUUGUAAAUGACACAGCAAUUGGGUUUAGUUUAAAAUGCAUUUCUAUGCACAUUUCUGUGAACCCAAGUGACUCACUGAGGUUUAAACUCAAGUUAAACCCCAAACCACAGCUAAGCUAAUGACAGUCCAAUUGCCCCAAUAAUACUGAACACAAAGGAACAUUCCUGAAGUAAAGCAUUUUAUUUUGCACCUCUUACAACACCGUGUUCACACAGACUCAUUCUGUAACCUACUGAAGAAUCCAUGAGUUACUGACAUUGUAGCAGCUAUUAAAGAAUGUGCUACUGGUCAAAGAUAUACUAAAGCAAUAUCAGGCAGUUUGAAUCCUGACAUUUUAAUAUCUAUGCAUUACAACCCAUGUGCCUUUUCUGAACCAAUGCAGCAGAUGUGAAUAAAUGCAUAUGUGCCAAAGUCAUA